CUUAGCAACAACUUGAGUCAUAGUGUUAGUGUCAGUACCUGUCAGAAAACAUAAAUAGCGCUGCUUUCGGCCAACUUCCCACCAACUUCCCAUUCUUAUCAACGUCAACGUUUUCUACUUCAACAUGUCCUCCCCAUCACCUGUGGAUGCACCAUCCCAUGUACUACAGUUCCUAUCAAGACUCCAUAGGGUGUCGCUGGAGCAGGAGGCUGCCAUUGAUAAAACUGGCAAGGUCUUCUCGGCCAAGGUCAUAGGCGACUUCGAGGACAAGCUCCCCGAGAAGGAUGCGACGGCCGAGUUCGAUAAGCUCAUGCUCGAUAAAUUCAUCGCCCUUGAUGAGGACAAGUGUCAGUUUGUAUAUCAGUUAAUUAACGCGAUGAGAGCCACCAACGUCGUGGAGGCGGGAACCAGUUUCGGUGUCAGUACUAUUUAUCUGGCCCUCGCGGUCGCUAAGACGAAGGCUGCGACAGGAAAGCCUGGUGUGGUCAUCGCGACUGAAAAGGAGCCGGAGAAAGCAAAGAUGGCAAGGGACUAUUGGAAGCAGUGUGGUGCCGCGGUGGAAAAUGUGAUUGAUCUUCGCGAGGGAGACCUCCUCGAAACGCUGAAGGAGAACCUGCCAGAAGUCGACUUACUCUUACUGGACAUCUGGUCCAAACUCGCCCUCCCAACACUCAAAACAGUCCAGCCACGCUUUCGACACGGUGCUGUGGUCCUUACCGACAACACUAUCUCGGGUGCUCAGGGAUAUGCGGACUUGUUGGCUUACCUCAGAGAACCAAGUAAUGGCUUCCGCAACAUGACUUUGCCAUUCACAAAUGGCUUUGAGAUGAGUGUUUACCUACCAGAGAGCAAAUAAGCUACCACCACUUAAUGCAUGCUUCUCUGUCUUUUAGACAUUAGCAAUGAUACUUGAUGUCCUGUCUUUGGACAUAUACCACGGUAGGGCUUCCUAUAGUCACGCGGGUUCCGCCCUGACAGCUAUUGAGGAGUCUGGACGAAUACCACUCAAGUCCCAUGCUAUAACGGACCUUUUUUAGCCAAUAUCCCUUAUACAAACGUG